UCAAUCAAGCAAUCAAUACAUAUAUAUUUACAAUAUACAAUGACAAUGGAAUCAUAUGGUAUUUCAGAGUUGGAACUGGAGAGGUACUUCAACCCUGACAACCACUUGUACACAUCGACGCGCAAGUUAGUCUCGGAACUAAAUGCAUUCCUAUUCAUGUUGCUCGCCACAACAUGUUUCUUCAUAGUCAGAUAUCUCUAUCAACGUUUCGUUCUCAAGCCAAUAGCUUUAUCAUUCUCAAUUCGCAAGUCUAAUGUACCUAGAUUCUUAGAGAAUGGAUGGUACUCAUUGUAUUAUAUUACAUUCCAAUUGUUUGGAUUCUACGUCUUCUUCAAAGAGGAAUGGACUCUGUUCCCUACAAUGAAUAUCUGGCUCGGAUGGCCAAUCCAACCAUUCUCAACACUGUUCAGGACAUAUUACUUGCUAGAGUUAUCAUUCUACUUCCAUUGCACAAUUGCAUUGUUCUUUGAGACUAGACGAAAGGACUUUAAUCAGAUGAUCACACAUCAUUUGGCAACAUUCUUCUUGGUGGGCGCCUCAUAUUGGUUCCGUUAUCAACGUAUUGGUCUGAUCAUCCUGAUCACUCAUAAUCUUGGCGAUAUAUUCCUGUACUCGGCCAAAGCCCUAAACUACAUCCAAAAGGAGAAGAUGAAUCCUGAAGUAUACAGUGUCACAGCAGACACCCUCUUCAUCCUAUUCGCCAUCACAUUCUUCCUUACCAGACUCGUCUUCUUCCCAUCAGUCCUUAUAAGGACAACAAUGUUUGAAGCAUUCUUUGUAUCAACUGGAUUCCCACUGUACUACUCGACCAAUGUUGCAUUGGUCACACUGCAGUGUCUACAUAUCUUCUGGUUCUACCUGAUACUUAGGAUUAUCAUUGCCAAGUUGAAAAAGGGUACAAAGAUCGAUGACAUUCGUAGUGACAGUGAUGAGGAGUAUGAGGCCAAUGAGAAGAGCCAUCACUUUGAUGCCGAACACCUACUUCGCGAUCAUCCCAAGUCCAAAGCAAGGGCGGCCGCUGUAAACAGUAGAAACAGCAAACUUAGAAGCAGCAAAAUAAAGAGU